AUGAUGGCCUACCCCGGCGAGCGAGUCCAAAUCUCUGGAGGCAAGAAGAUCCAGGUGUCGUGGAAGCCCUUCAACGUCAGCGGCGCGAAUAUUUGGGUGUCUGACGUGUCUGGAUUCGAUGAGAUGCCCGCACUGCACAUCAAUGGGGCGCGCGCCACGCGCGCAAGGUAUCCAAACAUGCCAAGCGGCAUCGAGGCAUCCUGUGGAUAUGGCUGCAUGAUCGAGGGAGGCAAGGGCAAGUGGACCCCACCUGACUUUCAGAAGUAUGGCAACGUCAUCUACUACACCGACAAGACAACUCAACACUACAGGAAUACGACGAACGACUGGUUCAACGAGUACAUGAUCGGUGUAGGUGGGCUAUGCAGUGUCUACGACCCUCCAGUCUCCUAUUGGUGCUCAGAGCACCCCUCGGGAGGGGGCGCCUUUGCGUUCCGGACCCCUUCAGGUCUGAGCUACGACUUCCCCAACGGCCCCUACAGCCACGCGGAGGAUGCCAGACUCUUCGUUUGGCGACCGGCCCGAUGGGCAAACUGGAUGUUCGACGUGGCAAAGUACGACGCCACAACCCGGAAUUUCACCUUUGGACGCGGUGGAAACCAGGGAGCUCGAGGCGAGAAUUCAGGAGGAGACUUUUUCAUCGAGAAUGUCAUGGAGGAGCUGGAUUAUCCUGGAGAGUAUUUCUAUGACAAACGCAAGCAGAAGCUGUACUUGUACCACAACGGGACAGGUGCUCCUCCCUCUGAUGCGUCCUACGUCGUUCCACAGGUGCAGGUUCUGGUGAACCUCACGGGAACCCAGUGGCGUCCAGUCAAGGAUAUCAAGGUGAAGGGCAUUCACUUCAGCGCGUCCGCUCCCACCUACAUGAUGCCACACGGCGUGCCUUCAGCAGGCGACUGGGCCCUGGAUCGCUUCUCUGCCGUCUUCCUACAGGGCACCCAGAACACGCUCAUUGAUGGCUGUGUGUUCGAUCGCCUUGAGGGUAACGCAGUUAUGGUUUCUGGCUACAACAGGGACACCACCAUCCAAAACAGUGACUUCUCGUAUUUGGGUGGUAAUGCAGUGGCUGCCUGGGGGUACACCAACGAAACCCGCACCGACCGUGGCCGGCCUGGCAUUAUCCUUGCCAAUUCCCCAGCGGCCGGUGUGGAUGGCACGGAUGGAGAACAUCCAGUACGCACCACGGUGCAGAACUGCACCGCUCGCGAGAUUGGCCUCUACGAGAAGCAGUCCAGCUUCUUCGUGCAGGCCAAAACUGCUCAGUCCCGGGUCGUUUCCAACGUCUUCUUCAAUGGGCCCAGAGCAGGCAUCAACAUGAAUGACGGUUUCGGAGGGGGAGAUGAGAUUGCGUUCAACCUCGUAUUCUCCACCUGCCGUGAGAGCGGGGAUCACGGGCCUUUCAACUCCUGGGACCGUCAGCCAUUCCUCACUACUGUGCGGACCGGCGAGCCGUCUAUGAUCAUGCAGUGGCGCGAGAUCCACCAUAACUUCUUCAUCGACAAUUACUCGCCGCAGGAGGAUGUGGACAACGAUGAUGGUAGCUGCUUUUACAAGACCCACGACAAUUUCUUGGUCUACGGUGGCCAGGCCAUGAAGAAUGACUUCGGCGGACACGACAACCACCACUAUGACAAUGUCGACGCGUAUGUCCAUCAAGCCCUGGGUGUAUGCGAGACCAUCGCAGGCCACGAGGAUUAUUUCUAUGGUAACUACGUGGUCAUGACUGGGGAGAUGGUCGGCACCUGCCUGGAUGACCGGAUGCACGACAACCGCUACUUCACUCCAACUGGCAAGAUCCAAGAAGCAGGUUGUGGUGGCUACGGCGGAACGGUCAGCAAGACGCCAAGCGACGAUGCCAUUCUCAACGAGGCGAGGAAAAAGCUUGGCAUGACGAAGCAGGUGGAGAUCGUGAUCUGA